CAUAUUAAUAUCCAUUACACGGAAUGCCGUGCUUCAUCUCGUACAUUCCCCGCACUUGGCUCAACGCAAGCGACAUGCGUGAGUCUGCCUCCAUUUAUAUCCUAGGAGACUUGGAGAAGGACCCAUUGAGAGGUUUGUGUGAUAGGGACUUGAUAUUGGGAUGCAUACCUGGAGUCCUUCUUCCACUCAGGCACCUACACUCACUGUGGGAGACAACAUCCCAUCAUGGCUGAUCUGACAGUUUUUGAUUUCUCAACGUGGGCUGUCGCAGCAUUGUUCCUGUCCAUUUCCUCAUGCGUGGCACACAUCCUGGUACAAAGAUACCGAUCCACCCUGAGGUCAACCCCUGGUCCGUUUCUAGCAUCUUUCACAAACCUCUGGCGCUUCCUCAAGGUCUACGAAGGCCGCUUCGAGCUUGCAUUGCAAGCCGAACACGACAAGCAUGGCGAUCUCGUCAGGGCUGGCCCGAAUUGUGUCAGUGUUGGCGACCCACGAGAAAUCAGACAGAUCUACGGCAUCUCCAGGCUCUUUCAGAAGUCCGACUACUACCGUGUAGCCCAGCCAAUACUCAACGGCAAACCCGUGGCGUCCUUGUUCAUGAUCACCGACGAAGACGCCCACAAAGCAGCCAAACGGCCCAUCGCCCACGCCUACGCCAUGACAAGCCUUCUCGACUACGAGCCCUUCGUAGACAACACAUCCAAAGUCCUCGUUGAACGCCUGACGACCCUAUACGCCAAUAGCGGCAAGCUCUGCGACUUUGGCGAGUGGCUCCAAUGGUACGCCUUCGACGUGAUCGGCGAAAUGACCAUGAGCAAACGUUUCGGCUUCCUCGAACAAGGGAGGGACGUCAACGACAUCAUCAAAACCCUCAACAACUCAGGCGCCUAUACUGCCAUCGUCGGCCAGAUGCCGUGGCUAGACUACGUGCUCGCCAAGAACCCAUACUGGGGCCACCUUUUCUCAAAAGACAAGCUCGGCAUCUCCAAAUUCGUUCUGGGCUACCUCCAGCCUCGCAUCGAGGAAGCCUCACUCCGAAAACAACAGGGCGCCUCAGCCACAAAAGAGAAGAAACCAGUUGAGACCAGGGCAGACUUCUGCGCCAAAUUCAUCGCGGCCUUCGAAAAAUACGCCGGUCAAAUUCCGCAGUCACAACUCCUAGGCUGGUCCCUAAGUAACAUCAACGCCGGCUCCGACACGACCGCCAUCACCCUCCGCGCCAUCUUCCACUUCCUCCUUCUGCACCCCGCAACACUCUCGACCCUAGUCUCCGAACUGAAAACGGCCAAACUCAGUGAGAUUCCCACGUUCCGCGAAACCAGUAACCUGCCGUACCUUGCGGCAGUGAUCAAAGAGUCCCUCCGGCUCCAUACGCCCGUAGGCUUGAUUCUCGAACGCAUCGUGCCCGAAGGCGGCGUCACCUUAUGCGGACACUAUUUCCCCGCGGGCACUAUCGUCGGAUGUAACCCGGCCGUCAUCCACCAGGAUAGUCGCGUCUUUGGUCGACGAUAUUCUGUGGAUGAGUUCCGGCCUGAGCGCUGGCUCGAGGCUGAUACAGAAGAACUUGCUGAGAUGGAGCGGUGUUUCAUGGCGUUUGGUGCGGGAAAGAGGACGUGCAUCGGGAAGAAUAUUAGUCUCUUGGAAGUCCAUAAGCUCGUGCCGCUGUUGUUGAUGAAUUUCAAGUUCACAUUGGCCGACCCGAACAAGAAAUUAAUGAUUUGGAACACAUUCUUCGUGCAUCAGAAGGGGCUGGAAGUCUAUGUCCAAAAAGCUUGAAUCUGGAUAUCAGGGGGAGACCUAGUCAUGAGUUGACCACUUAGCAGCGCGCAUUUCUGAAUCAGGCACAAAUUGAUCAAUCAAGAGUUGAUCUGCAUUCCAACGAUCUCUAUGUACAAUUCCACCCAAUGCCAGCUUUUAU